AUGGAGUUGGCCUCUGAAGCCGAAAUUGAAGAAAAAUAUUGUAAUACUCAGGGAUAUGGCUACGAAUCAAGCGAGGAGCAAGAAACAAGAAAAACAGUUGAAGGGUCGCGUCAUCAGGAUCCAAUAGUUGCAGAAACGGUUAUUGACAAAGAAAAAACUAGUGAUAUCCAGGAAGAAGGCAACAUAUUAAUAGGGACGCAAGAAGUAAGAAAACCAGUUGAAGAGUCGCGGGACCUUCCAAUUGCUGCGGAAACGGUUUGUGACAAUAAUAAGAGGAACACGACACAAGAGAAUUCUUCAAAAUACCUACUAGAUGACUUGAGAAUUUCCGAUUCAUCAGACGAUGGUGAUUUUGGAUCAUCUAGCAGUGAUGAUUAUAUUUGCGCUACUGAUGAAUCGUCGUCAUCCAGUGAUAAUGAAAGAACUUCAGCUAAAAAGAAAAGAACGACUACGUCGUCGGUGAGACAUACCUCCAAUAUUACAGUUCCAGAAACACCCCCGUCGCCCAUGAGCACAUCAGAGAACCCUGUUCCUGGUUGCUCUUUCUGGGAACGCAACAGUAUGAAUAGUGCCGGGAAAAAGAAAAAAACAAGAAAAAGUGUCAAGGAGAGAAGACAGGAUAGAGCAAGGAGAAAAUUGUUUCGUAAUACUGGCUUAGAAUAUAUAACGACAUCAGGGAAAACAAAGAAACGUCGGCAACUUCAUGAUCUUGAAAACUGCCGUCAAAAAUGCAAGCAGAGACUACCACAGGACUUGAGGGAGAAACUUUUUAAACAGUACUGGAGUUUAGGUAGUUACGAAAAUAGAACUAAAUACAUUGCGAAAUGUAUUGAAGUCUGCCAAAAAAAAAACUUCGAAGCUUUCUCCAAAGAAAAAACGCAACGUCAGCUUUCGUUACUUUGUACAUGGUUUUGA